AUGUCAGAGGCAGUCGAUCUCUCCUUUCUCUCAGAGACGGAGCGGGAGUUGAUCCUGAAAGUUCUUCAACGAGACGAGGAACUCCGAAAAUCGGAGGAAAAGCGGAUCAGGAGACUAAAGAAUGAGCUGCUGGAGAUCCGGAAGAAAGGGGCCAAGAGGGGCAGCCAGCGGUAUGGUGAGCGGACUUGUGCCCGGUGCCAGCAGAGCCUGGGGAGAGUCUACCCCAAAACCAACACUUGCAGAGGCUGUAAUCACCUAGUGUGUCGGGAUUGCCGCACCCCUGGCACUCAUGGCACCUGGAGGUGCAAGGUGUGCGUCAAGGAAGCAGAGUUGAAGAAGACAACCGGUGACUGGUUUUAUGACCAGAAAGUGAAUCGUUUUGCUAACCAUCUGGCCAGUGACUUGGUGAGAAUGUCCCUGCGCAAGAAGCCAACAGCUAGUAAAAGAGAUACUGUGGGCCAGUCUCUUCUAAGUGAGGCCCGGACUGGGAUGAAGAGCACCCAGGAGCCACUGAAGGCGUUCAGUUUGUCAUCUGAUGCUUCAGAAUCCAGAGCUGGAAAGGAUUCUCUGGAGCCCGAGAGCACGAGCAUGGAAGAUAGCCAAGCCAAUGCUGUAGGCGACACUUGGAGAAACCCUCUGGAGAAAAUCGGAGCCCUCCGAGAAAGCAAGAGGAGCUCAGAGGGUCCAGAGUGCAGCUUUUUUAUGGCCGUCACCAACAAGGCCGAAGCAGACAACGAGGCGCAGCCUGGGGCUCUGAGUGCGGGAUUUGCAGAUGAGACUGAAACAAUAUUCAAGAAGAAUCCCAGGAGAGCACUGAGGCCUUCAGAGUAUACUAAGUCUGUCGUGGAUCUUCGCCCAGGAGACUUAAGCCCUGGCAGUGGCUCCUUGGGAGAUAGAAGCAGGUCUGUCCCAGGCCUCAUUGCAGACAUGGAAGAGGAGGAGGAAGAGGAGGAGGAAGAGGACAUCGAUAGCCUGGUAGAGAUCCAUCGGCAGAAGACUGCAAGAAAUAGCGUGCGUAGUGGUUCUUCCUUGAGCACGAUGGGCAGCACGGCGAGCAUCUACAGCGAGGCUGGGGAAAUCGGCAACAUCUUGAUAACGGGGGAGAUUGCCAUCUCCUUGCUGUAUGAGCUGUCCUCACAGACCCUGCUGGUUCAUGUGAAAGAGUGCCGCCAGCUGGCAUUUGCUGAUGACAUCAAGAAGCGCUCAAACCCGUAUGUGAAGAUUUACCUCCUACCUGACAAAUCCCGACAGGGGAAGCGUAAAACCAGUGUCAAACAGGGCACGGUCAACCCAGUAUUUGAUGAGAUUUUCAGAUAUGAGAUCCCCAGAUCCCUGCUGUCUCAGAGGCUCUUGCAGUUUUCUGUCUGGCACCAUGGCCGCUUGGGCCGCAACACUUUCCUGGGAGAGGCUGAGGUCAACAUGAACUCCUGGAAGCUAGAGAAGCCUCUUGAUCAGUGGCUCUCCUUGCAUGGAAAGAUCAGUGCUGAGACCCUGGCUGGCAUCCUGCCGAAAAAAGGCGAGUUGGUGGUUUCCUUGAAAUACAUCCCGGCCUCCAAACUGCCGGUUGCGGGAGACCACAAAAAAAGCAAAGGUGGGGAUGGAGGAGAACUCCAGGUGUGGAUUAAAGAAGCCAAGAAUCUGACUGCUGCCAAAUCUGGAGGCACCUCAGACAGCUUUGUCAAAGGAUACCUCCUUCCUAUGAGGAACAAGACCAGCAAGCGUAAGACCCCAGUGGUGAAGAAGAGCUUGAACCCCCACUACAAUCACACCUUUGUUUACUAUGGAGUGAAGCUGGAGGAUCUGCAGCAUGUGUGCCUGGAACUGACUGUGUGGGACCGGGAACCCUUGGCCAGCAAUGAUUUCCUGGGAGGAAUCCGGCUGGGUGUUGGUACUGGCAUCAGUAAUGGGGAGAUGGUUGACUGGAUGGACUCUGCUGGGGAAGAAGUGAGUCUGUGGCAGAAGAUGCGUCAGUACCCAGGCUCCUGGGCAGAAGGGACCCUGCAGCUCCGUCCCACCAUGGCCAGGCAGAAGCUGGGGUCCUGAGCCCUGGCUCUCCCUGAAGCUGCAGGACCACCAGGCAGGCCAAGCUUGAGAAAAUAAGAGCCCGGCUUUGUACCACCUCAUUACCCAUGUAGACACACACGUGUGCAUGUAUAGCCGUGCUCUCUGUGUAGCUUGCCAUCCUGCAGUGAAGGUGGGGAUUAUUUCUUUUAAAGCAACCCCAGUACUAUUGGGUUUAUUCUUGGUCAGUGUUUGUGCUUGUGUUCAGUCUAAGCUUGUUUUCCUUCUUGUAGACUCUAGCCUCACCUCUCCGUUUUGGGUCAGGGUUAAAUGUAGUGUUUAGGGACUUGAAACCACCAAGUUUUCCAUCCUCUUCUACUCUAUACCUGCUCCCAGGGAGUCCAUGGCCUCUUGGGUCUUAGCCUUUGCCCCAUUCAUGUGGGUCCUGAGGUAUAUGUACCCCUUGCCCAAGGCUGCCAGGGGCAGAAAAAGGUAGAAGAGAGCAAACAUCAAGCUCAUCUCCUUGGGAGAUGAAGGCCCUCCCUCCUCAGUACUCAGCAGGGCAGCUGGGCUCCUUUGUAUUUCAGCCUCUUUUCAGUUCCUAGUCAGUUGGGCGAGAGGGAAGGGGGCCAACUCAUUGCUUUUCUUUUUAAAGAGGUUCCCCUGAAUUGGAUUCCCCCCUCCCUCCUCCCAAACUCCACGUAUCUUGGCAAGUCUUCAUCAAUGGUAGUUGGAUUCAGUGUGUAAGACACUGCUAAGGCCCUCGGAUAUGUUUGUCAGAAACCUUGGGCUCAAGGAGUUGUUGUCUAAUAGUGGAAGAGCAGCUUAAAGGCAAAGGAGAGAUCCAGGCAAACUAUUCUGUGUCUGCGGCUUGGAGAAGGCUUCACAAAUGAGUCAGAACCUAAGUUGGGUCUCCAGGGAAAGGGAGAAGCCUCCUGCCAACAACCAGGGGGACAGGAGGGGGAUUCCAUUUGAGAUAUGGAGGGUGGUAUAGCAAAGAUGAGCCAAAGGCAGGACAAGGCCUUAGCAUCUCUACUGACCAGUAGUUGAUGCAUUGAUUUUUCAAGUAAGCCCAGACUUUGUGCUUGACCUAGAAUGUUCAGGAAAGGAUCUCCAGUAUGGGUCCUCCAUAGGUUAGGUCUAGUGGCUGGGAAUGAAUUCUCUAAUGCUUGCUCAGCCUGUUUCAUGCUGACAAGACUUCCUUCCCCCCCAUCCCCAAAUGCCCUUACCUAUAUUGAGUUGUCAGCCAAAGGAGAUACCUGGGAGAGGAAACCACUUUCAGUGGAGCAAGCUUAACCAGCUCUUGCCCAAAUAAGCCAGCUGAAGAAAUUGCUGUUGUGGGGAGGAAUUGGAUGGAGGUUAUCUGGAUUGUUAGGGGUUUGGUUUCAUAGCGUCAGGCAGGGAGAGGGCCCUGGCUACAAUUUGUUGUGUUUCUGUUUGCCACCUUUUAAAAUGUUCUUUCGUUUUAAUAAAGCUUUCUUACUUG